UCAGUAGUUCAGUUUUUGCACGACGUUCGAAGUAUGAACUUAACCUAAAACAGUUUAAUAACAAUUUUGUAACUUUUCUUGAAUAUUUAUUACUGUGUUAUUCCAGAACUUUUCAUCUACUUGAAAAAAACGGAAAUAAUCAUUCACCAAGGUGUUAAAGUUAUAAUUAUUAUAAUCAUCGUAAAUACGCUGUCAAAAGUGGAAUAUGAAGAUCUUUUUUUGAAGAGGGUAAUUUUGUAAUCAAUUGGCUUUAUUCCAAAAGAUUAUCAUUUAUCGACUCGUUGUGUACAAGAGAACAACAUGCAAAUUAUAAGAGCUUUUGUAUUUGGUGUUUUAACGUUUUUGAACGUUUUGAUGACGGCAGAAAGCGAUGUAAAAUUGACGAUAAAUGAUGGAGCUUCAUCAGCUGAACUAAUAGGCGGUGAUAUAUUUUUCGAAAUAAUCGAACCUGAAGAAUUAAGUUUUACCUAUCGAGCUAAGCCGGCUAAGGAUUUUGGUGUUACGUUUAAUGAUACAUUUUACCAGAGUGGCGUUCCACUAGUUCCUAUUGAACCAAGUGACGGAUGCAGUUAUCCAAAAAAUGCUGAAGAUCUAGAAGGCAACAUUGCUCUUGUCGAAAGAGGAAAAUGCUCGUUCCUAAGUAAGACAAUGCGGGCUCAAGAGGCUGGGGCUAUCGGUGCUAUAAUAACUGACGAUGACGAAACGGAUGACUCAUACUACAUAGAAAUGAUUGACGACAACACCAACAGAAAUCCUCAAAUACCUGCUGCUUUUCUUCUGGGUAUUAAUGGGUAAUAAAACACUCUCAUUA